ACAAACUGGCCUGUGUUGUUCAAAAUUCAAAAUCAAAUUUCAUGACAGUUCUUCUUUCGAUCAAAAAUUUCAUUACAUAUUCAUAAAAUCUGAAAAAGCUUCAGUUGUUCGUGCAUCUGUUAUCUGAAUUAAUCCUCUUCGGGCCGGGGUUCCGGAAAAUGAGAGGAGCUGUGCAUGUAGCAGUUGCUGCAGCAAUUGGUAACAUGUUGCAAGGAUGGGAUAACUCAGUCAUUGCAGGGUCUGUUCUUUAUAUAAAAAAGGAAUUCAAUUUAGAAAGUGAACCGACAUUUGAAGGGCUUAUUGUAGCAACAUCACUCAUUGGAGCCACAUUGAUCACAACAUUUUCUGGGCCAGCAUCGGAUUGGCUGGGGCGGCGAACAAUGCUCAUAAUGUCAUCACUGUUUUUCUUUGUUAGUGGUCUGGUAAUGUUGUGGUCUCCAAAUGUUUAUGUCUUGCUUUUGGCUAGGUUGUUAGAUGGUUUUGGAACCGGUUUGGCUGUUACUCUUGUUCCUGCGUAUAUAUCUGAGAUAGCGCCACCGGAUAUUAGAGGAAGACUGAAUACACUUCCACAGUUCACUGGUUCUGGUGGGAUGUUCUUGUCUUAUUGUAUGGUGUUUGGAAUGUCAUUGAUGGAUACACCAAAGUGGAGAUUGAUGCUCGGGGUUUUGUCCAUUCCAUCAUUAGCUUAUUUCGCUUUGACAAUACUUUACCUGCCUGAAUCUCCUCGGUGGCUUGUGAGUAAGGGACGAAUCCUCGAGGCAAAACAAGUGCUGCAAAGACUUAAUGGCAGGGAAGAUGUUUCAGGUGAGUUGGCUUUGCUAGUUGAAGGUCUAAACACUGGCAAAGAUACAUCAUUGGAAGAGUACAUUAUUAGUCCAGCCAAUGUGCUUAACCAGGCAACAACUGAAGAGAAGUACCAAAUAAGGUUAUAUGGGGAUGAAGAGGGAGUAUCAUAUAUUGCUAAACCAGUAACUGGACAGAGUUUGACAUCUCGCCAUGGGAGUGCUACAAACCAAAGUAGCAUCUCUCUUAAGGAUCCUCUUGUGACGCUCUUUAGUAGUGUCCAUGAGAAGCUCUCUGAGAGAGGAGGAAGCAAGGGCAGCAGCAUGCUUCCAUUUCUAGGCAGUGUUCUGGUUAAUGCUGGGGAGCAUCACAGUAAGCAUUGGGACAUGGAGAGCCAAAGCGACGAUGAGGACCAUGAAUCAGAAACAUCCGGGGCUUAUGGUGAUGACAGUUUGAGAAGUCCAUUGAUCUCGCGUCAGACAACAAGUGUGGACAAGGACAUUGCCACUCCUAAAUCCGGUGGAAGUGUUUUAGGUGUAAGAGGCAAUACCAUUCUUAAUGCUGUUGAGGCAGGUAGUACUAGUAGUAUAGAUAUUGGUGGUGGUUGGCAGCUUGCUUAUAAAUAUGCUGAGCGAGUAAGCGAAGAUGGGAAGAAGGAAGGAGUUCAAAGAGUCUAUUUGCACCAGGAGAGUGCACUUGGGUCUCAACCUGCAUCGGUUGUUUCCAUUUCUGGUGUAAGGCAAGAAAAUGGAGCAAUUCAGGCUGCUGCUUUGGUUAGUCCCCCGAUGGUUCUUCCACCAGAAGCUGUUGUUAAAGGUUCAAAAUGGAGAGAGCUUUUGGAACCAGGAGUCAAGCGCGCAUUGGUUGUCGGGAUAGGACUUCAAGUUCUUGAGCAGAUUGCUGGCAUAAAUGGGGUUCUCUACUACACUCCUCAGAUUUAUGAGCGAACAGGCAUAACAGUUCUUCUGUCUAACAUAGGACUGAAUUCGGCUUCUGCAUCUCUCUUCUUAAGUGCCAUCACAACAUUCUUAAUGCUUCCUUGCAUAGCUACUUCCAUGUGGCUUAUGGAUAUAGCUGGCAGGAGGUCAUUGCUGCUAUCCACAUUACCAAUACUGAUAGUGGCGCUUGCUUUACUAGUGUUUGGCAGCAUUGUCAACUUAGGCACUAUUUGGACUGCAACAAUAUCCACUGCUAGUGUAUCGGUCUACCUCUGCUGCUUCGUCAUGGGCUUCGGGGUAAUCCCAAAUAUUCUUUGUGCAGAGAUCUUCCCUACUCGCGUCCGUGGCCUCUGCAUUGCCAUUUGUGCUCUCACUUAUUGGAUUGGAGACAUCAUCAUCACUUACUCAUUCCCUGUCAUGCUCUCCUCCAUUGGUUUUGCUGGUGUCUUUGGAAUCUACGUUGUCGGAUGCAUCAUCUCCUGGAUAUUUGUUUACUUGAAAGUGCCCGAAACCAAGGGCAUGCCUCUAGAAGUGAUUUCUGAGUUCUUUGCUGCUGGAGUAAAACCAGCUUCAGAUAACUAAUUUCACUCCAUUGAAAUUUUGGGUUUGGUAACUUGUUUGUACUGAGUUGAAGACAGUGUCUGAAGUUGACAUACAUAAUUACAUACAUAAUGUGAAUGAGUUGCUUUUCUAUGGAGAUGGUUUCUUUGCUAGUGGCUCGUAAAUAGUCAACACAAUGUCAAUGGGAUAAGAUUUUCUGGUCAUAUCAGUUGACUUAUCUGAUCAUAGAUCAUAUCAAAUUAUCAACCUUUCUCAUCAUAGUGUCUCCAUAUCGAAUUCUUUCCCUACCAUUGCCGGAAAAAUUGGUCUUCAAUGCACUGAGCCCCGAGAUUGUUGCCCUAUCAAGCUUGAUACUUGCCCUACCAUUCAACUUCCUCUCCCUACAGUCACUUUCAUAAUGUAUCUGAUAGUUGAUGGUUAUCACUUGUUUCUCAGAAGUCAGUGGCUUUGUACUUGAAUCCGUCCCUCUCGUUAAUGCCGCUGCACAUGCACUUUGAUACCAAAGAGAGUCAAUCCUCU